GUACCUUUCGGUGGAACCAAUACCAGUGCGACCGUUCGCUACAUUUCAAUUUUCUGGCUGGUCUGCGGCUAACUUCGUUUCGCUAUCAAAAUUGGUCUUCGAAAUCUCGUCGUACUGCGCGAGCCAAGAAAAGUAAGCCCCGAAAGUAAUAACCGUAACUCUCACUGCACAGCACAUAUUGCCACCCGGAGCCAUCCGCCGGCCAUUCCCGGGGGCGUAAGGAUUAGACGGCUUUUUUUUUGUUGGCUGGUGGUGCCGAUUCUACAUCGCACGGGAAAAAAGGGAGCGCAGCAGCAGCAGAAGUAGAGAAGUGUGUUUAGUACGCGAAGUUUCCAGGUGACCGUGGUGCGGACGACCCCCGUGAUGAAAGGGUCGAUAUAUCGGUAUUGCCGCAACGGAACGUAACGCGAAUGCGAAGAAAGUUUAGUUGAAGCAAAAUUCUGCCAUACCCGUGCUAGCGAGCUGUUUGUCUGAGGGUGUGUUUUUAAGGGUGUCUUAUUAUUUUUUCUUUCUGCUACUGCUGUGGCUGCUGGUCGUCAUCAUCCGGUGAGAGCUGUCGCUUUACGUACGUGCGCUCCGCGUUCGAUCGUAGUCGCCGACGACGACAGUGAGCAGCGACUGGCGGAAUUGCUUAGGACGAGCAGAAACUGAUCCGCCUGGAAUCUCCUAGCCCGGGUCCGUAUCGUUGCAGCAACCUCACGAGAAACAGGAGAGAAUCUGGACAAUUUGUGAGCCGUAUCCACGCCGCCACACCACACAUACUCGAGGAUGGCUUCGUCAGGAGUUGUUGUUCCACGAAACUUUCGCCUACUUGAAGAGCUCGAAGCAGGACAGAAGGGCGUAGGAGACGGUACCAUAUCGUGGGGUCUCGAGAAUGACGAUGACAUGACCCUUACUCACUGGACUGGCAUGAUCAUUGGCCCACCCAGGACUCCAUAUGAAAACAGAAUGUACUCACUGAAAAUAGAAUGCGGCGAGCGUUAUCCGGACGAGCCGCCGACGUUGAAAUUUCUUUCCAAAAUCAACAUCAACUGCAUCAACAGUCAGAAUGGUGUGGUCGAUCACAGGAUGGUUCCAGUGCUGAGCAGAUGGAACCGUGAUUACACGAUUAAGACAAUUUUACAAGAAAUACGUAGGAUUAUGACGCUAAAGGAAAAUCUUAAGUUAACACAGCCUCCAGAGGGUAGUUGCUUCUAGUGCUCUUAAUUCAAAUCUUCGAAAUCCCGAACACUAUUUCUCUCUUCUCUCUCUCUCUCACUCUGCCUGUGUCCCUCACGUGUGAGGUGCAAGUGAGAGGGGAAGAAAGCGCGAAACUAUUGCAAGUGGAAAGUUGUAACAGUGAGAGGAGAUAAUAAAGAGGAAGAUGCAAAAGCUGAAA